AUGGACCGCGCAAGGAAGAGAGAGCUUCGUGAUCAAAAUAUUAGAGCAUGGGCUGGGGAGCCAGAUAUAUUUACAGUCAAUAAAUCGCUGGACUCUGCUCUAAAAAAGAACACCGCCUUUAUAAAACGUCUUCGAACCGGUAUUACCGCGUCCGCGCAACUCACUUUUCUUACCGAAAUCCGAGCCCUUUCAUUACAUAAAUAUCUUUCAGAAAUAAUAUCUGCUUUCUACGAGGGAGCUUGUAAAUUGAAAUCGCCUGGAGAGAUUACGGCUGGAGUGGAAAUAGCCAGCGCACUUCACCAGCGGUUCGGUCCCGAUGAGUUCACAAAGCAGCUUGGUUGGCUUCUUGGCCGUGGCAUGAGUACGCCAGACAAAGCCCAACUUAAAUCUUGGAGCCAAGAUGUUCGAGAAAAAGAAGAAAAGGAACGACUAGUUCGACAGCGGGUCUUACUGCGAGUCGUGACAGAGCUAUGGCUGGUUGGGCUUUUACGUACUUUAGAUGAUGUUGAACGCCCCGAGGAUCUGGGUGUAAAAGGAAAAGACAGUGCAGCUAGCGGUAAAUCUUCCGACAGUCAGGUGAAAGGUAAAAUGCUGCAAAGCGCAUCUCGAUCUACUCAGGACAAAGAUGCAGAUCCAUUUCCUUUAGAGGUCAUUAAAGAUUUGCUUGGAUAUGACCGAGAGCACCAAAACCUCCCUUUGGCUGUCUUGUUUGCUAAAAAUUAUGCCUGGGACAUCAUGGGGAUUGAAAAGGUGGACGAAGGAAGAAAGGUAAUCGAUUCAAGCGGUGACAUAACUGCAAAUAAAGAAACCGUUGAAGUCUCUGGGGAUGAGACACAAAUAUGUUCCGCGAAUGACCCGCCCCUAGUAUCUGACGAGAGACUACAAACCCGAUUCAAGAGUAUCAUGAACAAAUACCUUGAAGAUGUGAAAAAACAUGUCGUUCGAGACCAGAAGGCUCUCACACUUCUGAGUCGCCGAAAUGCUGAAGCAUACGUGAAGAGUGGAGAGAUUCUAGAAGACCGGCAGUCGAAUUUCGAGAAACAGUCGAAGGCUCAGGAAAAGUUGGUGGCCAAUACACAUGUCCUUUGUGAUAUUCUGGGAUCAGAUAUGCCGGAUCUGGUUGAGAAAGAAACGCCAGGAGGCCUUAACAGUGGUAUUAUCGGACUUGUAAAGACUGGCGAGUAUUUGAGAGGCCAGGGCGAAGGAGCGGGUAUCUGGGAAGAUGAAGAAGAACGCAGAUUUUAUGAGAAUCUUGUUGACUUAAAAGGCAGAGUACCGGCUGUUCUUCUUGAAGAUGGUAAGAAGAGAAAAAGUGAUGUCGAUGACCAAACACAACAACCUAGUACCGAAACUCCAAACGGAAUUGGUCCGGAUGAGAAAGGCCAACCUCAGGCCUUGGACUCUACCCCUAAGGACAAUGAUGACCAAUCGACCGCAAUUAUUAACAAAACUGUCGGUGCUCAGGUUGAUGCACUGUUGGCAAGGCUUCCAGAGCUUCAGAACAAAGAUUCUGUCGAUCAAUUUGCUCUAGAGUUUUGUUUUUUGAACUCGAAAGCCUCACGAAAUAGACUUUUAAAAGCGGUGCAAGAUAUUCCCAAAGGCCGUACAGACCUACUUCCGUUGUAUGCGCGAUUGGUAGCUACACUCGGGCAAUAUCUCUCUGAUAUUCCACAGAGUCUAAUUUCAUAUCUUGAUGAGGAGUUCCGAAGCCUUCAACGCCGUAAACAAAAAGAAUUUCUUGGGCAAGUAAGAACAAGCAACAUUCGAUAUCUUGCGGAACUGACAAAGUUUGGCGUCGUGCCAGAACACGUCAUUUUCCAUUGUUUCAAAGUCAGCCUGGAUGAUUUUUCAAGAAUGAACAUUGAUAUUAUUGGAAAUUUACUGGAAAACUGUGGCCGAUACUUACUACGGAAUCCAGACACGGCCCCAAGAAUGGCAUCUUUCCUCGAAACCCUUGGGCGGAAGAAAACAGCCCAACAUUUGGGCCAGCAAGAACGAAUGGUCCUUGAAAAUGCUAUUUACUACGUUGAUCCUCCGCCGCGCCCCGCGAUUGAACAAAGGGAGCGCACCCCGAUGGAGCUAUUCGUGCGAAAACUAGUAUAUGUCGAUAUGAACAAGCGUAACUAUCCCAAAAUUUUAAAAUCUAUUAGAAAACUUCACUGGGAGGAACCAGAUGUUGUUCAUAUAUUGGAAAGCAUAUUUAGCAAGCCAGGCAAAGUCAAAUACGGGAAUAUCCAUCUGCUGGCGCUUCUUGCGAGCGCACUCUAUCGCUAUCAUCAAGGGUUUAUUAUCAAUAUCAUCGACAAUUCUCUUGAGCGUAUCACGAUCGGCCUGGAGCAGAACGACUUCAAAUUCAAUCAAGAGCGCAUUGCUGACGUCAAAUACCUUGGGGAGCUUUAUAACUAUAAAAUCGUUGACUCACCUGUGAUCUUCGAUACUCUCUAUCGCAUUGUGACCUUUGGCCAUGAAGGCGGUACUCCUACUCCAGGGAAGCUUAGCGCGUUUGAUCUACCCGACGAUUUUUUUCGCAUUCGCCUUGUUUGCACAAUGCUCGGUACAUGUGGCGUUUGCUUCGAUCGUGGCAAUACUAGAAAGAAACUUGAUUUUUUCCUGACUUUUUUUCAGUACUACAUUUUCACCAAAGACCCGAUGCCAAUGGAUAUAGAAUUUCUCGUAACCGAUACUUAUGCUUUAACGCGCCCUCAAUGGAAACUUGCAACCGAUCUUGGAGAAGCUGCUCAGUUAUUCAGCGAUGCAGUUACACAAAAUUACAAAGUUCAGGAUACCAACAAAAUAAAUGAACCGGAGGAAGAUGGAGAGAGUUCAUCAUCGGAGGAAGAGUUCGAGGAUGAUGCUAUUGGGCUGGGCGAAGAGGAAGGGUCUUCCAGCGAAGAUGCCGAAGCUGGAAUUGAUAAUACCGACCAGGACAUCGAGCCCGGCUCCGACGAGGAGGAGGAAGAGCAAAUCAUCGUCACACGGCAAGAAGAAGAACAUGAUCCUGAGGCUGAAGCCGAGUUCGAUCGCGCGUUUGAAAAAAUGAUGGCUGAGAGUCUAGAAUCCCGCAAGUUUGAGCGAAAAGGAAUGUUUGAUCUACCGUUACCGAUGAGACGUACUACUCGUGAACCCGCAAGCGUUGAAGAUGGCGAACAUGCUCCAACACCACCGAACACGAUGGCAUUCUCACUUAUGACCAAACGGGGAAAUCGACAACAGACUCGAACCAUUGACCUUCCUUCGAACUCUAGCUUUGCCAUUGCUAUGAGGUCUCAAAAACAAGCUGAACGCGAAGAGCAGCAACGUAUCAAAAACUUGGUUUUGAAUUAUGAUCUCGGAGAUGAAAAUGAAGUUAACGAUGGUGAACCACCCUGUCCCACUCCUAGCUAA